UCCAAGCGAUCGAGACGCGUGUGUGGCAAAAGCAAAUGAGUGAGCAGUGAUUCAAGUUCAAAGAUCGGUAUUAAAUACAGAACAGAGAUCGGUGAUCAGUGACCGUAAGGAUCGUAUAUACAAAACCAUAAUGGAUAAACUCAAGUACAGCCGCUGUCCGCUCAAGAAGCGUCCGAUUAUGGUGGAGGAGUCCUGCCCAGAGGAUCACUUAAGUCACGAUGAGGGACCCGUGGACUUGAGUGUGGCCUCGGCUGCAGUGCCCUUGGAGCCCCACUGGUCGGCGAAAGCGGAACCGGAACCCCAAACGGUGCCCACGGAACUGAGACGCCGCUUCGAUGCCGCCAUGAGCCAGACAAAGGAGCAACUGGCCCGCCGCGUUUGGGAGGAAACCCGCGAGAUAGCCCGCGCUUUUCCGGAUGUCUUCACCCGCGAGGAAAUCGCCAAGAGUCUGGCUCGCCUGGGCUAUGGCGAAUUCGAGCUGCCGCCCAAGGAGGAGGUGAUGCAACCGGAAACGGAACCCCAACAGCAUGUACCGCUCGACUAUGCCAGAGAUGCUAGCCCCACCAUCAUCAAAGUGGAACCCAGUGAGGAAGAGCAUUUUCCCCUGCGAAACUACAACAAUAACCUAAUGAAAAGCAUAGCCGAGUAUGAGGAUUGUAUGAAGAUGCAGCCGAUUAAGGAGGAGAUGGUUCCGGUGCCACCGCCACCUCCGCAGAUGUACUAUCCACCACCCACGCCGCUGGCCGAACCCGAAGAUCUGUCGCUGACACAGCGACGGGUUCUAAGCGAGAACAUGAAUCUGCAGAAUGUGGCCAGGGCUUUGCUCAGCAUGCAGCACAUGGCGCCGCAGCAUCAGCAGGCGGUGCCGCCGCAGGACAUGGAGGACAUGGACCAGGAGAACCAGGACCUCAACCAGCUGAAGAUCAAGAGCAGCAAUGAUCUGUACUACCAGUGCCAGCAGUGCAACAAGUGCUAUGCCACCUACGCGGGGCUGGUGAAGCACCAGCAGACGCAUGCCUACGAGAGCACGGAGUACAAGAUCAUCAGGAGCCAGCCCGGCGGAUCGGGUGCCAUUGUGGAUCAGACCGAAUUCUGCACCGAUCAGGCUUCGGCCUUGAUCCAGGCAGCCAAUGCCGCCUCGGCGCAGAGCAUGCAAAAGCCGGUGGGAGUGCCAAGAUACCAUUGCCAGGAUUGCGGCAAGAGCUACUCCACCUAUUCGGGACUGUCCAAGCAUCAGCAGUUCCAUUGUCCAUCGGCCGAGGGCAAUCAGGUGAAGAAGGUGUUCAGCUGCAAGAACUGCGACAAGACCUAUGUGUCAUUGGGCGCCCUCAAGAUGCACAUUCGCACCCACACGCUGCCCUGCAAGUGCCCCAUUUGCGGCAAGGCCUUCUCGCGACCUUGGCUGCUCCAGGGUCACAUACGCACCCACACGGGCGAGAAGCCCUUCAGCUGCCAGCACUGCAAUCGCGCCUUCGCCGACCGGUCCAAUCUGCGAGCCCACAUGCAGACGCACUCGGAUGUGAAGAAGUACUCGUGCCCCACCUGCACCAAGUCCUUUUCGCGCAUGUCCCUGCUGGCCAAGCACCUGCAAAGCGGCUGCCAAAGCGAACAGAAUGGUGGUCCCAGUGGCUCCGGCGGUGGCUUCGAUCAGCAGCAGCUGCAGCAACACCUACAGAACUACGAGGAGGGUGGCCAUGGCCACAAUCCCCACCAGGUCUACUAUGCCGGCAGUGUGGGCAGCAGCAAUGGCGAAGAGGAGGAGGGCGGCGACUACUACCAUGCCACCACCCCCAGCGGCCAUCUAUUAGUCCUUAAGCCUUAAGCCUUAAGCCUUAGUCCUUAAACUAAGUCAGUUUAGCCAAAGUCAGUUGAAGAUUCAGGGAAAAGUCAGUGCCAAAAAUUAGUCAGGGCAAUUUUAUUGCCUCUUAGGGUCUCUAGUUAAUCACAAAUAUUUAUUUAGAGUUAUCGCUUAACUAUUCCAAUGCUCAUACCGCAGUUGGGCGCUUAGUCUUAGAUUGUUUUCGUUGACAAUUCCUUGUAUUAUAAAUCGUUGUUAAAACUCAUUCGUGUACAAAUCGAAACGGUGCCAGAGAAUAAACCCCCAUGUAAACCACACACAAACUUAUAAUUUAAUCUUAUAAUUUAUUUUAAAUUUAACCUUAUGAUUUAAGCUUUGUAAAUAUGGUGAAGGUAGCCAUUUACUUGCAUGUAUUUAAUUUUAAUUUUUUUAAUGAAUAAAAAACACAAGAAA